CUUUUCCAUUUUUCUCUCACAACAAAAGCUUUACAACUCCUUACUCCUACAUACUCUUGCUUUCCUACUUUCCUCCCUCUCUUCCGCCCAAAUAAUCACUUCUCUAUCCAUACUUUCAUAAACCCUCAAACCACUUCUUCCUCUGUUCUCAUUUCAAAUUUCAAAAAAAAAAAAAAUAAAAAUUGUCAACUUCGAAGUACUUCUUACCAAGCAAAAAAAAAACCAUUUUUUCUGUAACUGGAAAAAAUAACAACCCCAAAUAAAAAGAAUCAAACUUUUCUCUUUUGGGGUAUUUUGUGUCAUUUGUAGGAGAAACAAAGGAAGCAAGCCCAAGAUGCUAAACCUAAAACCCACUUCAAAUGUUCUCCCUUUAACCUUGUUCAUAUUUUCAAUCCUAUUCCUGUCAAUUUCAUCUCUUGUGAGCUCAAAAUCCACCAUUGAACCUUGCUCAAAUUCAGACUCAUGCAAUGCAAUGUUGGGUUACACUUUAUACACUGACCUUAAAGUUUCAGAAGUUGCUGCACUUUUUGGGAUUGACCCAAUAGCUCUCUUAACUGCAAAUGCUAUCGACAUUUCAUACCCAGAUGUUGAAAACCACAUUUUACCAUCAAAUCUCUUCUUGAAAAUCCCAAUUAGUUGUUCUUGUGUUGAUGGGAUUAGAAAAUCUGUUUCUACCCAUUAUAAGACUAGACCUUCUGAUUCUCUUUCUUCAAUUGCUGAUUCAAUUUAUGGGGGUUUAGUGUCUGCUGAUCAGCUUAGAGAAGCUAAUUCAAUUUCUGACCCUUCUGUACUUGAUGUUGGCCAGAAUUUAGUUGUACCUUUGCCUUGUACUUGUUUUAAUAACACUGAUAAUUCUUUGCCUGCUAUCUAUUUGUCCUAUGUUGUUCAGCCUGUUGAUACCUUGGCUGGUAUUGCUACACGGUAUCAGACUACUAUUACUGAUUUGAUGAAUGUUAAUGCUAUGGGUAGCACUGCUAUUUUUCCUGGAGAUAUACUUUCUGUUCCAUUAUCAGCCUGCGCAUCAAAUUUCCCAAGAUCGGCUUCUGACUUUGGCUUGAUUGUUCCAAAUGGGAGUUAUGCAAUCUCUGCUAGUCACUGUGUACAAUGCAGUUGUGGCCCAGGGAGCCGAAAUUUAUACUGCAUGCCAGCAUCAUUAGCAGUAUCUUGCUCAAGCAUGCAAUGCCGUGGUAGCAACCUUAUGCUCGGGAAUUCUACUGUUCAACAAACUAGUGCUGGUUGCAAUGUUACUUCUUGCAACUAUGAUGGCUAUGCAAAUGGUACCAUUAUCACAAUGUUGUCCACAUCUCUUCAACCUCGCUGCCCAGGGCCUCAGCAAUUUCCUGCAGUAACUGCCCCUCCUACAACAGCUACUCGUGAUUCCAUAUAUGCGCCAGCCUCAUCACCAGCACCAUCGCCCUUGCAUGCGGGUGGAACUCGGGUGCCUGGAAGCACAGGCACGGUUUUGCCUCCUUUGGGUUCGUUUCCAGCUAGUGGGCCUGCUGCAAGCACUCUCGGAGGUGCCGCCUCAGGUUGCUAUUUAGUGAAUCCAUGGGCUGCGUUGCAAGUCAUGGUUGCUUUAUGUGUGUUCGUUGUAUUUCUGUGAUCGAAUUUUAACUGCCACUAUUAUUCGGAAACUCUGAUGAGUCUUUUUUUUUUCUUUUUUCCUCUUUGUAUCUGUAGAACAUUUGGUGAACUCAUCAUGUACCUUGGUGUUUUGUUCAAUGACAAAUUGGUAUGCCCGUUUGGUGAUUUUCUCCAUUUUUGUAGCCCGAGCCCUGAUCCUUGUCAAAGCUCUAUCGGAUUGGAAGCUUGACAUUGCUUUGCUCUUUUUCAAAUUUCAUUUUAGGUUUUAACUUCUGUUAUAUGCAUCUUAAGACUUGUCAAUUGCUCCAAUUAAGAUCUUGUGCAAAAUUC